AUGUGUACUGCAAUCUGCCAGACCAGCAAUCUCAGGAGCAAUCCCUGGCAUGAGCCAAAGGCCAAGUCUAAGCCAAUUCAGCAGUUGCUGAGGAAGCCGAAAAAGUGGAAACUUAAGCGCACCCUAGAUGACUUCGUUAAGUGUCUGAUCAUUGCAUCGUCGGAGCAUGUUUACGAUUACGAUUUGAUUAUUCUAUCGAUGGGACUGUUGGCCAGCGCUACGCUGGCUAAGCCUGCUGUGGAUCCGGCUUUAUUUCCAUCGGCAUCACCUUUUGGGUUUUAUCCAGGAUCGUUUUCUCCUGCAGUUGCCGCAGCUCCAUUUGCUGCUACCCCUUUGGUUAAUCCUCUAGGUGCUCCCUUGGGUUCAUCUCCUUUGGCCGUUUCUAGCAGUCAACGCCUCGACUACUUCAACCAGUUUAAUGCUGCUUUUACACCGACUGCUCCUGCUCGUAUCCUGGCUGCUACUCCUUUCUCUGCACCUGGAGCUCGUCUUAUCCAACCAACUCGUUUUAUUGUUCCUGGAUUGCAGGGACCAUUUUUCAUUUAG